GCCGUGCUCUGGGACGUGCGGUCCAUGCAGCUGCACCGAUCUGGGAAAGUUAAAGAUGGUUCUUUGAUGGCUUGUGCAUUUUCUCCCAGUGGAAACUUCUUUGUCACUGGAUCAUCUAGUGGUGAUUUAACCAUUUGGGAUGAUAAAAUGAGAUGCCUGUGUAAUGAAAAAGCACAUGAUCUUGGCGUUACCUGCUGUGAUAUUUCUUCACAUCCAGUAUCUGAUAGUGAAAAUGGAUUCAAAUACUUCCAGAUGGCUUCCUGUGGACAAGAUAAUCAUAUCAAACUCUGGCUUAUUUUGUUUGCAGAUUUCUCAGGUGUUCAGUUAAAGUAUAAAUGCACACUGAAUGGACACUCUGCCCCAGUUCUGGCUUGUGCAUUUUCAUGUGACGGACAGAUGGUAGUCUCGGGGUCUGUGGACAAGUGCAUCAUAAUCUAUGAAACUAGUACUGGCAAUACCCUUCAUACUUUGUCUCAGCAUACAAGAUACGUUACAACUUGUGCUUUUGCACCACAUAGUCCUUUACUUGCCACAGGCUCAAUGGAUAAAACUGUGCACAUAUGGCAGCUUGACCUUAAACAACCCUGUCCAGGAGGUACUGUAGAAAAUGAAUCAAAGGUGGCUGUUGAGGACUGGUCAGAGGAUGAUGUUUCAGCCUGGCUGUGUGCACAGGAUUUAGCAGACUUUGUUGGACUUUUCAAAAUGAAUAAUAUUGAUGGCAAGGAACUACUGAAUCUUACUAAGGAAAGUCUUGCUAAUGAAUUAAAAAUUGAGUCUCUGGGCCUGCGCAGUAAAGUUCUCCAGAAAAUUGAAGAACUGAGGAUGACAAUGACCUCGGUUUCUGUUCCUGAUGAGUUCCUAUGUCCUAUAACAAGAGAGCUUAUGAAAGAUCCUGUCAUUGCCACAGACGGCUAUUCCUAUGAAAGGGAAGCAAUGGAAAACUGGAUCAGCAACAGACGAUCGAGUCCCAUGACAAAUCUUCCUCUGCACUCGCUCACUCUCAUACCAAAUAGAACACUAAAAAUGGCCAUUAGUCGCUGGCUAGAGACUCAACAGAAAUAGUUAAACCACUUAAUCUUGAAAUUGUUUGUUAAAAUUAACUGAAAUUUUAUGCAGCUGGAGGAAUUAAUUGUAUCAGAAACAAAUGGAAAGCAAAACUUGUCUUUCUCUUCUAUCUGUGGCUGGUUCGACCUUCACUGGUGCAAACUCCCAGAACAACUUUUAAGUUCCUGGUAGUUCUACUUUGUGGUAUUUCUGUUUAAGAAUCAAGUACUCAAACUCAGUUUUUCAAAUAAAAUUUUCUUAUACUUGUUACUACA